GAUUGACAGCCCCGCCGGCCACUCCCAGCGCGGCGUUACGUGCGUCCUGCGUCUCCGCCCCGGUGAGGCGGUCGAGGGGUAGCGUUGCUCCGCCGCUGGCAGAUGCCAUGUUGCCUCAGAAGAGGGGAUGAAUACCGUCCAGAAUAGCCAUGAUCUGUUACUGGAAAGUCCUGGCAGUUUUCUUCCUAUUUCUUCCAAGUGCAUUGUUUCUCCAGCCAGCCCAGUCCAGGGUGUUGCUAGUAUCUUUUGAUGGAUUUCGAUGGGAUUACAUCUACAAAGUCUCAACUCCCAAUUUUCAUUAUGCCAUGGAGAAUGGUGUUCAUGUCAAACAGGUCACUAAUGUGUUUAUAACAAAAACGUACCCUAAUCAUUAUACAAUGGUGACUGGUCUCUAUGCAGAAAGCCACGGUAUAGUUGCUAAUGAGAUGUAUGAUCCUAUUCUGAACGAAACUUUCUCUAUGAACAAAAUGGAUGUCUAUAACUCCAAGUUCUGGGAAGAAGCCAGCCCAAUAUGGGUAACGAACCAGAGGGAAGGACAUAAAACCGGAGCAGCUAUGUGGCCUGGAACAGAUGUGAAAAUACAUGGAGUCUUUCCUACAUAUUAUAUGCCCUACAAUGAAUCCGUUUCCUUUGAAGAUAGAGUUGCUAGGCUCAUUGACUGGUUUACAUCAGAAGAACCCAUAAACUUUGGUCUCCUAUAUUGGGAACAGCCUGAUGAGAUGGGCCAUAUUCUGGGCCCAGAAAACCCACUGAUGGGACCGAUAAUUAGUGAUGUUGACAAAAAGCUGGGUUAUCUUAUGUCUGAACUGAAGAAAGCGAAGCUGUGGGAUGUGAUAAAUGUCAUAAUCACAAGUGAUCAUGGAAUGUCCCAGUCCUCCUCGGAAAGACUCAUUGAGCUUGAUCAGUAUGUGAAUAGAGAGCUGUAUACAGUCAUUGACCAUUCUCCUGCAGUAGCUAUUUUGCCAAAAGAAGGCAAACUGGAUGAAGUAUAUGAAGCUUUGGCCAAUGCUCAUCCCAACAUGACUGUAUAUAAAAAGGAGCAGAUUCCGGAUAGAUUACAUUACAAACACAACAGUAAAAUUCAGCCAAUCUUAGCAGUGGCUGAUAAAGGAUGGGAAAUCGUAUAUAAUAAGUCUGACGGUUUUCAAUUUGGUAAUCAUGGAUAUGACAACAUGUUACCAGAAAUGCAUCCAAUUUUGUUGGCUGUUGGGCCUGCUUUCAGAAAGAAUGCCACCAAGGAAGUCAUGAAUGCUACAGACUUGUACCCCUUGUUGUGCCAUCUACUUGGUAUUAACCCACUGCCAAACAAUGGUUCGUUCAACGCUGUGAAAGAUGUACUUGCUGAAGAAGUUCCUGUAGCCUCUGGAGCAGACACCUAUGCUACUGUUACAGGAGUCCUUCUGGGCAGCUUGCUUGUUAUGGUUUUUAUUGCAGUUUUUGUUAAGCAUUUUAUCCUCACCCAGGCAAAUACCAUGCAAUUGCAACACACUGAAGCUGCUCAGCCACUGUUGCAAGGUUAAUAACACUUGGUACUAUUUGGUGCUUAAAAUAAGGUUAUAAAAAAAAAUAAAUAGAGGUGGAUCAGCAUAUGUGGAGUAAAAGGAAAUGGAUGCUGAUCCAUUGGUACGCUGGAGUCCGUAUAUACUAGGUAUGUGGAUGAAGAGCACGUUUCUUUUUCACCCUACAACCACUUAAUCUUUCUGGGGUUGAAAAUAUUCUAGGUAAACCUGGAAAGCUGUAUACCUGUGUAGACAUGUAGUGACAAUAGGCCUUGAAUACCUCAUUCUGACCUACUUUUAACAUCAACUGAGGUGCACUUCACAGACUAUUACAUGGUGAUUUAAUUUGCAACCCACCAUUUCUUUUUUCUUUGAGAGAUUUUUUUAAGUCUCUUAGAUUCUAACAAGUCACUGAAUGUGACUACGCUUCUUUAGGUUUUUUUCUUUCCUGCCAAGGAAGCUUUUGCAUGGAUCACCCUUACAGAUAGCUUGGUGGGUUAAAUCCUGCCGCAAACAACUUUACUGUUAAGAUAGGUCGUGCAGUGCUAAGUGUCUAAAUUUAGAGUUAGGCAUAUUUCUUUAAACUACUGUGUUAAUUGUAGCCCCUAAAUAUGAAUCUGGGUGGUAUUGCCUUUAGCAAUCAGCAUUAAACUACUUCAUUGUUAUUUUUUUUAAUUCAGGUAAAUAUAGGUCUUUACAAUUUUAGGUAUGAUUUUAUGCAAAUGUAAGUCUUUACUUUUUCUAUUGUUUCCUGUACGCUGGACUAAAUUUUCUAGGAGUUCCACGCGACUGGCAGUUUAAAGACAUGUACAAGCACAACACCUGUGUAUCCAGAUCGAGUCUUUUCUAUUUCUGGGGUAAGAGGGUUCUUUCGGAGUAAGGCUGAUGAAUCAGUUAAGGAACAAACAUGUACAAGCUGGUUUCAGAGCGCUGUCAAGCUUGUCGCUGGGUGUAAUGUCAGACCCGUUACCGGAGACUCUUCUCAGGCGUGAGCUUGGCUUGCUGUCUUAUGUUUCAUCUGAUACAUCUGGGUGGACCUUAGAAUUUGAUGAGUAGGCUAAGACAUGCAAUUAAAGGAACAGCCAUAUACAUCUUAAGUCAUAUAUACUCUUAAAUCUGAAAAAGCAAAUAUGAAAAACGGUAUCUGGCUGGACUUUGUUCUUCCAGAGGAAAGUCUCUAUCAGGGAAAAUUAUUCAUUCGCAGUCAACAAAGCUAUGUAUUACUCUGAUUCUUUUUUGUGGGGCAAUAAAUCUUCUUCCUGUUGUGGUUUUUUUUGAUGAGCUCACAUAAAUGGCAGGUGAGAAGCUGCUGACUAAUGUUUGUAUGAAAAACAUGGUAUGAAGUGAGAGAAGUUGUCUAGUUGUCAGACUUGUUUAAAAGCUGAAUUUUUUUUUUCCCCUCUCUGUGUGAGUAUUUCUCUGCACUUUGUCUCUGAGUACAAUGCCUGAAGGAGAAAGAAACUCCUUCAAAAUUCACACAAAUACGCAGUCUGGUAUUUCUGUGAAGGGCAAUUUAUUGCCUUAUCCACAGCACCCAGCGGAGGGCAAAGAUGGGAACAUCUUGGACUUCAUUGUGCUCUGUCAAACUAAAGGUGUGACUAACCGUCCAGUCCUGCAGCUGGGAGGGUUGCUAGCAGACUUCGCAAGGAGCUGCAACAAGCUGACUAACUGGUGUACAAAACUCAUUUUGCUGAACUUAAUUCCAAACUUAAUGAACAGCUAGGCGAGUUCAGGAGUGACCUUACUUCUCGCUGCUUCGGUGGUGACUCUGCAGUGCUAUGUCACGCGCUGGCCGCUGCUCCCUGCGGCAGAAGUAAUCGGUCGGAUUCCUCCGUGAUGGCAGGGACACUUGCCUGGCAUUAAGCUGACUUGCAAACAGAUGUGGAAAGUUUUCAGAGACCACAGCUAAGUGCAGUGAACGCUUGAGAGGGAAGGCAAUGAAGUACUCCAACUUAAGGUCUGUGCUGAAAGUCUAGCUGUAAGAGUAGGUUCAGGAAGGCAGGAAACCAGCAGAUUUGUUGGAGGACAGCCCCUUAAUCUGAGGGUAUGUGUGAAGUCCUGUGUAACUUAAUCUGACUCAUCUCUGCCACCCUGCUGUUCGUGUACUGCCUUGUUUUCCUGCAUUGACAUUUUCUUCAAAAACACUGAAGGAAAGCGUGUGGGUAGACGUGCCUGACACUGCAAAGCUGAUUCUUGGUGGAGCUGACCAUUAGGUGGGUCUUAAGUUUAAUUUGCUGGUGCCAGCUACAACUGAAUGCUGCAGGGGCUUUUCAACCUGAAAGCAGUAAUAAUGUUCACGGUAGUUUCUAGAGAGGCUGGGGAAGUCAAAGUAGAAAAUGUAAACCUCUAAGUUGUUACUAGUCGCUUCCCUAGUUACCUUCCAAAAAGUGGCUGGCACAUAGCAAAAGGAUGCAUUGAGCCCACCUUUUCUUGCUUAUUUGCAACUUACUUAAAAACGAUUUGUAGCCCAAACUUAGUGUGUGUUUAAAGAAAGAUCUAGAGGCUUGGUAAAGGGAGUAACAGUGCAAAGUGGAGAUGCAAUAAUCCUCACCUGUAGCUACUUCAGUUACACACUUUCUCACUUUGGAACAUUCUGCUUUAAUAGAAAUUCUUCUUAUUGCAGUAAUUUCAUUGCAAUGCUUAUGGCGGAUGUAAAACUAACUGGAUUGUCAUCUCAGAGGUGUUCAUUAAACUCCUGGUUUUUUAAUUGUGACAGGUGUAGUUCUGUCAUCAGCCAAAGUGACCCCUGAUUUUAAGGAGGGGCCAAAGUUGGUCAGUGUUGUUCGGUCAUCCUGGGAAUUAGACUUACCUGCCCAAACAUGCCAAAGGGGAAGAGCAAUAGGUUUCCCCUAACAAAGGGUUUGGGAAGAAUAAUAUUCAAACCAGAUUGGGAACAUGAACAUGAGAACUCUUCUCGGUGUCAUAGUUCUGUAUUGCACUGUAAGGCCCUUCUUUGAGGAGGGUAAAACGAAACUGUAGAAAACUGAAGGAAAUCUUUCAGCAUUCGGGUGUUUCAGUUUAGGUGUAAACAUGUUUAUUGCUUUGGUGUGUUUGCAGGUACCUCUUGGGUAGUUACCUUGUCAGGAUAUUUGCCUAGCCAGUGUUAAUUUUAAGUUGUUGGGUGUAUGCUUAAUGAAAUUGAAAGCACAUACGAUGCCACUGGAGAAGAAUAUCAACUUUUUCUCUGAUGUGAGAUUUAUUCAGACUACCUUUUGGCUUGGGGAGGAUGUGGGAUUUGGUUUCUGUGUAUGUGAUACUUUUAAUAAUGUAUGAACAAGUUUAUUGGAAAGUGGAUUCGAGCACACUGUGUACUACUUGUAACUUAAGCUUGGAAACAGAAGCUUGCAUGAUUUGUCUUUUGUUGUCGACCUGUGAAGCGCACUGCGAGAUGUCAAACGUUUUCUUUGUUUCCUCCUGUUCGGAAAUGCUGAAUUUGAAAUAUAUCUUUGCUAUAGCGCUA